AUGCCGACCAAACAAAGGAAGAUUGCGAUUGUUGGGAGUCGCUCGGUGGGCAAAUCCUCGCUAGCGGUCCAAUUUGUCGACGGUCAUUUCGUCGAGAGCUACUAUCCCACCAUCGAAAACACCUUUAGUAAAGAGAUCAGGUUCAAGGGGCAGGACUUCAUGACCGAGAUCGUCGACACUGCUGGCCAGGACGAGUACAGCAUUCUGAACUCCAAGCACUUCAUCGGCAUCCACGGCUACAUGAUUGUCUACUCGGUCUCGUCUCUAACAUCCUUUGAGAUGGUGAGGACCAUCCGGGACAAGAUCAUUCACCACCUGGGUGUGAGCGAAAACGACGUUCCCAUCGUCAUCGUGGGAAACAAGAGCGACUUGAGGCCGGAGCAGCGCCAGGUCAGCCCUGCCGACGGACAGGCGCUUGCCAACGAACUCAAGUGCGGCUAUACGGAGGCCAGCGCUCGCUACAACGAGAAUGUGGCCAAGGCCUUUGAGCUGAUGAUCUCGCGCAUCGAGAAUACGCCCACCGGGAGCGAAGCCGUGAGUGGCACCAAAAGCUGCCACGUCAUGUGA